ACCAUGGGAGGAGGACAAGUUGCCCUGCUGCUCCUGGGACUUUCAUGGAUGACGCUCGGGAGUGAUGCGUUUUCCCUUGCGUGUCGCCGGACCUGUCGCCCCGGCUACUUCCCUGACCCUAUAACUUGCCAGUGCACGCCCGCAAGGAUUGAGCAAAGGCCAGACAGCGGCUGUGGACUGUUGUGCAGAAACUUCUGUCCCUUCGGGAGAGUCUACGACUCUAGAGGGUGUCCUACCUGUAGCUGUAAACUCAACCCCCAGGAGAAGAAAGAGUGUAAGCCGUACUGCAAAAAUCUGUGCUUGUACGGACGAGUCCACGACAGCGAUGGCUGUCCCACCUGCAGGUGUAAUCCGGCGCCGGCCACAACCGCAAGACCACGGCCGUCUGCUGUACCUGUGUGUCCCAGGCGUGGGUGUAUCAAGAACUGCCCUAAUGGGCGAAUUAAUGAUAGUAACGGCUGUCCCACAUGUGAAUGUAAACCCACAGAACUACUCUCCAGACCUCGUUGCCCCACCAUAACUUGUCGUAAGUUCUGCAUUAACGGUAAGCAGCUUGACUCCAUGGGGUGUCCUACCUGCAGUUGUAAACCAUUCCAAUCUCCCGUCUGUAGUCCUAUAACCUGUAGAAAGUUUUGUCUCUAUGGCAGGAGAAAAGACAGCAAUGGGUGCGAUAUGUGUUCGUGCUUACCGCCCCUUGAGCCUCAACCUCUUUGUGGGCCCGUUUGUGAAAAAUUUUGUACACAUGGAAAAGUCACCGAUCAGAACGGCUGCGAAACUUGCACCUGCAAAUCUCGUCCGGACAUACCCGCUGAGCCGUUUAAAUGUUCCUCAGUUCGAUGCAGAAAGUUUUGCGCAUACGGCAGGGUUGUAGACCAAGACGGCUGCGAUACGUGCACCUGUAAACCUUACCCCGUUUGUCCACGUUUGGCAUGCUUUAACGACUGCCAGUUCGGGAAAGUUCUCGAUCGUAACGGUUGUGAAACAUGCGCCUGUAAAUCAAGACCAGCACCCUUAGAACGCAUAGUCUGCCCCCAAGUCGGAUGCUUCAACCAAUGUCCUUUUGGGCGCGAAACCUAUAACGGCUGUCCUACUUGCACAUGUAAGCCAGCACCAUCUGUUCCUCUAGUGACCCCGAAACCCUCAAGGUGCGGGCGACUGUGCAGAAACUUCUGUCCCUUUGGCCGCGUCUACAAGAAUGGUUGCCCAACAUGCAGCUGCAAAGGCUUUGGUGACCUCUUCUUCAGCUAAUGACUCAUAAUAUAAUGCCAACCUGCUGGAACACCAUAGCAUGUCGGCCUCUCAAGAAAGUAAUAUCUGAACCAAAAGAUUGUUCAAUUAUUACUUGCAAAGACUAGUCAUUUGAUCCGGUUUUUUAAAAUGUAUAUUCUGUUUUAAAAUGCUUUGCUUACCGUCUACAUAUAUCCCCAUGUAAUAUACUGUUUUUAAAGAAAUUCGAACAGUUGAGCUCAAAAUGAUACUUGAAAACACUUGCUAGGUAAUGAAUUUUCAGUCAGGGUUUCCUCAGAUUGGAAUAAAGGGUGGACAAGUUUGGGGGUUUUAAUUCAAGGCGAUAACAGCAGCUUGUGGUGUUUGAGAGAAGGACGGAGAGGAAGGAGUCAUGUCAUAAUUCGUUGGGGGAACUGUACCUCAGACCUUUCAGUCAACAUUAAACUGAAAUAUCUGAUAUUUGUGAAUAUGAUAUUUAUUAAUUUAUUGAACAUUGUUAAACAUGAAAUAAAAAAUUCAUGUUACAUAC